AUGAACGCGAGGCUGUUACGUGCUGCUCUUACAGAAGCUCUCUGGGAGGCUCUUACGCCGAGCAACCAUACGAGCUCAUCACCAGCUUCGAUUAUUCAGGCGAUCAACCAGCUCAAGAAAGGGGCUGAGGUGAUGAUGCUCUCAGCUGAGGUGAUGCGCGAUCGCAUCACCAGCCUUGAGAGAGCCAACGAAGCAGCGUCAACGCGUAAUCAGCGCAAGAAAAAGCGACUCCAGAAGCGUGGAGUCCUGACGAAAGGAGCUGGAGAGGAUAUACUCGCUCAACAUGAGGCUGACCAGCAGAUUGCUCGUGAAGAGCGUCUCGGCCGCCAGGUCCUGGCGCGCUGCACUGUGCAAUAA